UUGUGCAGACCAUGGAAGUAUCUAUAAUAGUCUACUACAAGGUUGGCACCCUACAGGGUACUACAUCACAAGUAAACCUUCAUUCAAGCGCCAUUAUUCCGAGACUUCAAUCAUGGUAGAGCCACAGACGUUGGAUUCGGAGCGUUCGGCGUUGAUUAACUAUUUUAAAAAGAAUCCUAACUUUCUUGAUGAAAUCAUUCAUAGUUUAAGUAAGAAGAAAAUCCAGUUUUUGUUACAAAUGCAAAGGAACCGAUAUCAGGAACUAAAUCUGAAUGCUGAUGAUUCUACGCCGUCAAGGCUGAGCGAGAGUUAUGUUUCCAAGACGCAUACCUUCCAGUCUUCCGUAAAAACCCGGCAAGUAUCUGUGAGAAAAACAAGUGAAACACUCUUAACAGGCAUCAAAGUAGCAGAUAUAAAACCGAUUUUGUUCGAAGCCACAACCAUUCUGGCAAGUGCGUUACGUGUCGACUGGUUUUCACUGUACGUACCAGGUCACCAAAAUAAAGAUUUAUUGGAGUAUUCAGAGGAUGGCAGUAUAAAGCAACACAGUCUUAUCGGAAAAGGAACGACAGUGUCUGCUGAAACCGCGUUCCUCUGUGAAACGUUAAUGGUAGAAAACCUGCCGAAAGAUGCUAGAUUUCCGAAGGGUGUUGGACACCCAGACAGAGACGUCCGUAUAGUUCUAUCAAUUCCUCUUUUAUUUCCCUCGGGAGAUCUCAUUGGUGUAAUAGAACUGUGCAAGGGUGGAUCGGGCGAAUCAUUUAAUGAAGACGAUCUACAGUUUGCCAGUUUGUUGCUGGGAUGGAUGAUUUCCACUUUGCACCAAAUAACAAUAAACAGAAUUCUCGAUCUCCAGUCUGAACUGAAUGAUUUUCUUUUGGAAACUACCAGAGAUCUAGAAACCGAAGUCAGCAUCGAUAGCCUUGUUAAAAAAAUAUUGUUAUUCAGCAAAGACCUAGUGCACGCUGACAGGAGUGCAGUGUUUUUAAUUAAUGAGGAAAACCACCAAUUGUACGUAGAUUGUUUUUUUGAUGGUUUGUCGAAGGAAGGAGAACAAGAGUUUACUGUUAAAAAGAAAUUACCCUUCUCGUGCGAACAAGGUAUUGCCGGUUAUGUGUACAAAACUGCUGAGACGGUCAAUAUUGCCGAUGCUUAUAAUGAUAAGCGUUUUAACUCGCAGUUUGACGAAACAACUGGCUAUCACACAAAGAACAUUUUAUGCAUGCCGAUUGUUACCAAAUGUGGCGUGGUUGGAGUCAUUGAAAUGAUAAACAGUCUCGUGAACGAUCAUUUCACGCUUGCAGACGAACGUGCUUUCAAGACGUACGCAGUGUAUUGUGCUUUGGCCCUCCACAUUACGAAGAUAUACAACGAGCUGAAUGCAUCUCGGAUACAAUAUAAAGUUACCAUGGAUUUAAUAGAACUUUAUAUUGUCGCUUCACAAGAUGAAAUUCAGACGCUGAGUCCCAAUACACCACCUGAAAUAAUUCCACAUUCGUUUUUUCACUUUACCUUCGAUCCAUACCACCACGAGAAAGAUUUACCCCAGUUCUUCAUAUACAUGAUACAAGAUCUGUUUGGAAAGGAUACCUUUGAUUUUACCAAACUGUCCAGGUUCAUUAUGACUGUAAGAAAAAAUUACAGAUCGGUGCCGUAUCAUAACUGGCUGCAUGGCUUUCAGGUAGCCCAGGCGGUGUACUGCAUGAUCAAAAAGAAUCCGGGUAUAUUCAACGCUAAUGAAACAAUGGCGCUCAUUAUCGCUAGCGUGUGCCACGAUCUAGACCACCGCGGCUAUAACAACGUCUUCUAUGAGCAAACCAAAUCGCACAUGGCGGACCUGUACGGAACAUCUGUGAUGGAGCAACACCACUAUAAACACACGGUCACAAUUCUGCAGUUGAAGAGUCAUGACAUAUUCUCCUUUCUGUACACGGACGAAUACAACGAUAUGCUUCUGAUGAUUCGUGAAGCCAUUAUCGCCACUGACCUUUCUCUUGUGUUCGGCGUGAACAAAGAACUAACAAAGCUGAUGAAAAAGAAACCGUUUAAUAUCGGCGAUGAACACAAUAAGAAGUUGGUGAAAGCUCUCAUGAUGCCAGUGGCGGAUGUGUGUUCAGUCGCUAAAACUUGGCUCGGAGUACAAGCGUCUUUAAAACGCCUCUAUAAGGAGUUCUACGCGCAGGGGGAUCUGGAGAAGACACACGGCUUCAGUCCUAAUGAGAGGAUGGACCGGGAUAUGAAAGAUGAUAUUCCAAAACAGCAGUUUGAUUUUAUAACGUUCGUAUGUAUGCCAAUAUACGUCACGGUAACUCGUGUUCUUCCUGGUUGCAAGCCUUUAUUAAAACAACUACAGUCAAAUUUGAAGAAAUGGACAAAAAUUCUGGCUGAAAAGGCGAGGGAAGAGAGACGAAACAAGAAUAGGAAACGAGAAUGAAUUUAAAUAACAACAUAGUGUAAAUAAAUAAAACAAUAUGU